AUGGACUGGGCAGAAGAUUCACCCGGUAUGCCUUGCGCGCUGUGUGUUCUGUUGGACAAUGCGGACGGCCACAGGGCUAAAACAACGUCCUGCACGGAGAGGCAUAGCUACAUCUGUCAGUCUGAAACCGCCCCGUGUGAACAUAACGUCUGUCUGCACGGCGGGACCUGCACCUCCUGUUUCGGCGGAACGGAUGCCGUCUGUACAUGCCCCAGCGGCUUCAACGGAAAGUUCUGUGAGAAUCGCGCGGCCAUACAGAGGUGCUCGGUUGCGUCCUGCCCGCCCGGUUGGACCUGCGAUGAUCAGCCGACUCAUUUCCUCUGCAUAGAGCCCGGCACAAGGACAGGCUCACCUUACCAGUGCAGCAGCGCCUCCUGCCCAGACGACAUGUACUGCAAGGAGGAGGGUCAGGCGUCUUUUUCAUGCCGGCCCCGCUAGGUGUCAGGUGCCAGACAGAGCUGCGACUGAGAACCAACUCAUGGUCUAUUGACUACUUCGCACUUAGUUCUGCUGCGCACUAUUGUGGGCUUUAGAGGCAUUUUGAAUAGAUGUAACAAGACGAGAUGUAACAAGAACAAAUGUGACAAUGAGUGGUGUAUUAAACAUGACAUUGUAGAGAUGUAACAUGGUGAGACUCAGUCGAAAAUUUCUGGUGAGUUAUUUUCGUUGUUGACUUGGAGAACAGUUUAAUUUUCUUCAUGUAUUUUACCAACUCAGAUGAACUAUCAUGCUAAUAUAACAUGGAGUGGACAUGGGGAGAUGUAACAUGGAGAGAUGUAACAUGGAGAGGUGUAACACGGAGAGAUGUAACAUGGAGAGGUGUAACAUGGGGAGGUGUAACAUGGAGAGAUGUAACAUGGAGAGGUGUAACAUGGAGAGAUGUAACAUGGAGAGGUGUAACAUUGAGAGGUGUAACAUGGAGAGGUGUAACAUGGAGAGGUGUAACACGGAGAGGUGUAACAGGGAGAGGUGUAACAUGGAGAGAUGUAACAUGGAGAGAUGU